AUGAAUAGUUCGUUUAUCAAACUUAGUCUGCGAUUCAACAGACCGGAAGAUCUAUUGGAAUACAAAGUGUAUAUAGAGGACAGUAUUCCAAUGGACAUUUUCUUCCUAUAUCAUGAUCAAAACAGUUCCUGGAUUGGGGGUCUAUCUUAUAUGACUAAGUACAGGUUUAUUUAUCCGCUAAUAAAUCGAAUUUGCGCAACUGAUCUCCUCGGCUACCUGAUGUACGUACCAUGCAAUGCUCUGGAUGUUAUUAUGAGUGAAUAUGGGAAAAGGUGGUCGGAACCGCUUCAUUCCUCCAAAUACGUGUGGAAUGAAACCCCAUUAAACAAGAAAGUGGUUGGAACCGUUCCUCCGGAACAGAGGGCGGAAUCUUUCAUAAAGUACGACAGAUAA